AUGAGGCGGGUGUUCACCAUCCCUGUGGGGCGGGCCCGGGACCGCGCGCUGCAGGGACGAGACUCAGGGGACACGGCUGGCCUGGCGCUGCUGGCGCUGGUGCCGGCCGCGGGCUGUGAGCUUGGUGAGGCCUUAAGGUGCUUCACCCGUGAGCAGCCCACGGCCCUUCCUUUGUGCGAGACCAUUACUAACUGCAAGCCGGAGGACACAGCUUGCGAGACCUCGCAGCUGAUGUUCUGCUUCAACCACAGCCCCGGGGUGACCAGUUCCUGCUCCAGCUCCUGCGAGACCGCUGACCCAGACAGCAUUGGGGCUGCCUACCCCAGCUACUGCUGCUCCCAUGACCUCUGUAAUUCUAUGGGCGUUGCCAGGCUCAGUGCUGGGGCCCUGGCCCCUCGGGGGCCAUAA